GCGGGCACCGCGCCGAGCUGGGCUCGAGCCGGAAGAAGAGGGACGCGCGAGGGCUGUGUGCGUGGGGGGUGGUGGAAGUGAAACCCUCCCGUGCAGCGGAGGAGACCGUGACUGAACCGGUGGAGUGGAGACACCAUCUAAACCUGCAGACGCGGCGGGAUUUUUGCUAAACGGAGUAGCGGCUGCCCUGAGCUGGGCACGGCAAACCUAUCAGCCUCCAGUCACCUGGACUGACUCCGUCCUCAUCUGCCGGUGGACGUGACAGCAGAGAGCACCAGAAACAACAUGGCACAGAGGAACGCCUGGCGGCAGAGGACAGACGGCCCUCUGCACUAAACGGUUAGACCGCGCGUGCCGGCAGCUAUAGCGGUGAGGAUCAGCGUUGAUGCCGGUCGCUCUGCUGGCUGAAGGGCUUGGCUGCAUCCCCAAGCCACCCCCGUCCCUUCCCCUUGACUCACGGCUUCCGAACGCUCUGUUCAAACCCAACCCCCUCUGGCGAACAGUGCCCGGCAGCCCAGAGGCAGGACCGGCUGUGGGCAGCUUGGAAUUGUUUCUGCUUAUAAAGAGCCAGCACAAGGAAGGCUGGCUUAUGCUCCAAACAGUCAGCGUGAAAGAUUUCCUGACCAGGAGGCCUACCCGAAAGUGACACAUUUCCUCUCUGCCGAGGGUGAGUGGUUUACACCCAAAGCUGCCAAAGUACAGAAAAGCAAAGUCAGCUCUCAGCGUGCACAGACACACAAAGGAGACAGGAGGAGGAGGAAGAAUUGGAAACAACAGGAUCUCCGAUAAUUGACCGUUGGAGUAAGGGACCUGAGGGUACGGCCGGCACUCCACUUCAUACUUGGUGCAACCCCCCACCUCCGAGGAGGAGAUGGGCAGAUAGGAUCAAAGCCCCUUGUUCUGGUUGAUGGAGUUGCACUGACCCAGCCGCUGUUGGUGGUGGUGGUGGAGGUGGAAGAGGAGCAAAGCUGGAAAAGCGUGUGCAUGUGCGGGUGUGUGCAAGGGGGGGUUUGAGAGAGACAUGCUGCGGCGGACCAACGUCAUCGUCUGGGGCGUGCUGCUGUUCGUCGGCUGGAACCUGCUGCUGCUGUUCUUCCUGCUGGGCCGGCCGCCGUCGGGAGGAGCUGCUGCAGGAGGAGGUGCUGCUGCUGGAGGAGCAGGAGGAGGGGAGGACACCGACCCGGAGCAGCUGACCCGCGACGUGGUGCGGGUGGCCGAGGAGGUGGAGGCCGAGCUGGAGAACCAGAAGCGGCUGCUGCAGCAGAUCCAGCGGCACCGCCAGGGGCUCUGGCGGCUGAGAGCUGACGGCGCAGGCGCCGCCCCGCCCCUUCCUCCUCUACCUCCCUCCUCCUCCUCCUCCGUCGUCAUCAUCCCGGAAGCGCAGGAGGUGCUGCCGGUGCUGGUGAUUGGCUGCGACCGGCCCAGCAUCCGGCGGUGCCUGGACAAGCUGCUGCAGUACCGCCCCUCCAAGGAGCUCUACCCGGUGCUCGUGAGCCAGGACUGCGGGCACGAGGAGACGUCGCGCGUCAUCGCGUCGUACGGCGACCAGCUGGUGCACCUGCGCCAGCCGGACCUGUCCGAGCCGCGCGUGCCGCCCGAGCACCGCAAGUUCCGCGGCUACUACAAGAUCGCGCGGCACUACCGCUGGGCGCUCAACCAGGUGUUCCGCGCGCUGCGCUACCGCGCCGCCGUGGUGCUCGAGGACGACCUGGAGGUGGCGCCGGACUUCUUCGAGUACUUCCGCGCGCUGCUGCCGCUGCUGCGCCGCGACCCGAGCCUGUGGUGCGCGUCCGCGUGGCACGACAACGGCAAGGAGCAGAUGGUGGAGGCGGCGCGCGCCGACGCGCUGCACCGCACCGACUUCUUCCCGGGCCUCGGCUGGAUGCUGCUGAGCGACACCUGGGAGGAGCUCGAGCCGCGCUGGCCCGCCGCCUUCUGGGACGACUGGAUGCGCGGGCCGGCGCAGCGGCGCGGCCGCGCGUGCGUGCGGCCCGAGGUCUCGCGCACGGUGACCUUCGGGCGGCGCGGGGUCAGCAACGGCCAGUUCUUCGACCAGCACCUGCGCUUCAUCAAGCUGAGCGAGCGCUUCGUGCCGUUCGCCAGCCUCGACCUGUCCUACCUCGCGCGGGAGGCGUACGACCCGGCGUUCGCGCGGCGGGUGUACGGCGCGCCCGCCGUGCGCCUCGAGGAGCUGCAGCGCGGCGAGCGGCCCGAGCUGCGGCGGGUGCGCGUGCAGUACACCUCCCGCGACACCUUCAAGGCCUUCGCCAAGGCGCUCGGCGUCAUGGACGACCUCAAGUCGGGGGUGCCGCGCGCCGGCUACCGCGGCGUCGUCAGCGUCAUGUACCGCGGCCGCCGCGUCUACCUGGCACCGCCCGAGGACUGGAGCGGCUACGACCCCACGUGGAGCUAGCGGCGCCGCCCACCCGGGACCCCGCCCCCCCGGGACCCCGCCCCCUCAGCCCCGCCCCGCCCCCUCCGUGACUCAUAAUGAUGUACACACACACACACAGCAUCGCACCCCCUCCCCAUCUCCCCACCCCCACCUCUCCCCCAUCCCAUCCCUCUCUCCAUAUCCCUCCCCUCUCCCGCAUUCCCCCAUCCCCCUCUCCCCC